AAUGCACAAAACCACAUACAGUAACUUCUUGCUUAAUGUGGUAGUUAUGUUCCUGAAAAAUGAAACUUUAAGCGAAAUGAUGUUAAGCGAAUCCAAUUUCCCCAUAAGAAUUAACGUAAAUAGGGGGGAUUAGGUUCCAGAGAAAUGUUUUUUUCCAGACAAUACAUAUACACACUUAUACACAGUAUAAAUUUUAAACAAACAAUUUAAUACUGUACACAGCAAUGAUGAUUGUGAAGCUUGGUUGAGAUGGUGGAGUCAGAGGGUGGGAUAUUUCUCAGGGGAUGCCUUACUGCUAAAUUAUGAUCCAGCACUCGGCUGAGCCCUCAAGGGUUAACACAUUGUUAUUAAUGUAGCCUCACACUCUACAAGGCAGCAUGAAUGGAGGAGGAGACACAGCAUGGCAGAAAGAGAGAGUGUGUGUGUGAGAGAGAGAGAGAGAGACACACACACAUGCAUUUCCCCUUUAAGUACGCUGACCCCACUCUAAGUACGCUGCCUUUUUAACUAGAUCAGCAAGUUGAGACAGCAGCUGUUGCCCGGAAGCUCCCUCCUUUCUGAGCACUGUGGUGUGGUGUAGUGAGCCCCGAGCCCCCUCUCUGUGGAGAUAAGUUGAUUGAUGCUGCAUGAUCCCAACCACUCCAGGCUGAAGGGAGUGAAGAGUAGCACGUGCAUGCGCCGUCCGGAGAAGGGUGUGGUGCUCUCCAGCAGGCCGGGAUAGCGUGGGUUCAUCAUCACCUUCAGUUUCUGCAGGGAAGUGUUUGCAGCCACUGUCGUGAGUCUGUUGUGUCUCCUCCCUCCUGCGUCCAUCUGUGCUGCCUUGUAGAGCUUGAGGCUACAUUGACAACACUGUGUUAACUCUUGAGGGUUCAGCCCAGUGCUAGUUCAUCAUUUAGCAGCAAGGGAUUCCCUGGGAAAUAUCCCACCUGAUCUCAACACGUUGCUUUAGGAGACGUUCAUAAGCAGAUCUGCAGAGAAUCCUCUGAUGAGUAACUGCAGGGAGAUUUGGGGAAAGGGGAGCUGCUGCUAACGUGUGUGAGCAAGAAACUGAAGGGACUCAAGAAGCUGACAUAGGACAUUGUUCCAGUGACCCUGUGCAAGUCUGUUUUAAAUGUAAUGGUGGAGGGCUCGUUGUAAUUGUACUGUAGAGUAUCACCCAGCAUCAUGAGUCAAAAACGCCGAGCAAGUCAUAGUGGAGUACCUAGUGGUAGCAGUACUACUAGCAGUAAGAAAACCAGGAAAACCAUUAGUUUGGGUACUAAAUUAGACGUUUUAAGGCAUUUUGAUGCAGGUGAGCGUGCGGUAGACAUUGGCAUCACUCUAGGUCUUACUCCGACCACUGUGAGAACAAUUCGGAGUAAUGCCGACAAGAUCAGGGCUAGUGCUCGGUGUGUAACACCGCUUAGUGCUACUAAAAUAAGUCGAUCAAGAAGUAGUUUGAUGGAAAACAUGGAGCGUCUUCUCUCAGUGUGGAUAGAGGACCAAAACCAGCGGAACAUACCUCUAAGUUUGCCUGUGAUACAAGCUAAGGCAAAAAGUUUGUAUGACAAAUUAAAGAGAGACCAAGGUGAAGGAUCACAGACAGAGAUGUUCAUGGCAAGUCGGGGAUGGUUUGAUCGGUUCAAGAAGCGCUUCCACCUGCACAACAUGAAGAUGUCCAGUGAGGUGGCUAGUGCCGAUCCUGCAGCAGCUAAAAAAUUCCCCCGACUAUCUCAAGAAAAUAAUUGAGGAAUGUGGCUAUUCACCAAAGCAAGUCUUCAAUGUCAAUGAAACGAGCCUCUACUGGAAAAAGAUGCCUGAACGGACUUACAUUUCCCGAGAGGAGAAGACAGCGCCUGGAUUUAAAGCAGCGAAAGACCGCCUAACUUUGCUUUUAGGUGGUAAUGCUGCCGGAGACAUGAAGAUGAAACCGCUGACUGUAUACCAAUUCGAAACACCACGAGCUCUCAAGGGACUUUCAAAGGAACACCUUCCGGUCAUUUGGAGAUCCAAUAAGAAGGCAUGGAUAACUGGAGCUAUUUUUUCAGAAUGGCUGACUCUUUAUGCCAUCCCUGCAUGGAAGGAAUAUUGUGCCAAGGAAAAUCUUGAUUUCAAGAUUUUAUUACUUAUUGAUAACGCACCAGCUCAUCCAGUCAACCUGGACUACCUGUGCGAAAACGUCAAAGUUGUCUUUCUGCCACCGAACACCACAUCACUCAUCCAACCCAUGGACCAAGGAGCCAUUGCUGCCUUUAAGGCAUAUUACUUACGCCGUACUUUCGACCAGCUCAUCAGAGGCACUGAUGGAGAAGGCAAGCCUACAAUUCGGCAAUUUUGGCGUGACUACAACAUCCUCAAGUGCAUCAAUAACAUCGGUGAGUCCUGGGCUGAAGUUACUCAGGCAUGCAUGAACGGUGUGUGGUGGAAGUUGUGGCCUGAAUGUGUCAAUGAUUUAAAAGGAUUUAAAGAUGUUGUUCCCGCUAUGAAGAAAGAUAUUCUCGGCUUGGCCAAGAAAGCGGGUUUUGAUGAGGUGGAAGAAGCCGACGUUACACAGCUUCUGCAGUCACACAGAGAAGAGCUAACCAAUGAAGAUCUGAUGCAACUAGACAUGAUGAGAGCAGUGGAAGACGAGGGCCAAGAAGUAAAAGAAGAACCAACCCAUCGAAAUUUGACUGCCAAACGGCUUUCUGAAGCUUUCCAAAUGAUUGAAGCUGGCUUGCAAAUCCUUAGUGAUGACGAUCCUGACAGGGAACGCAGCUCCAAAGUUAUUAGGGGAGUUGGUCAUCUAAUGACUUGCUAUAAAGAAAUUUACCAAGAAAAAAAAGGAAAGCAAAACAACCAUCUCUAGAUAUGUUUUUUCGAGUUGUGACGGUUAAGGAAGAACAGCAAGAGGAGCAGCCGGACGAUCCACGCUCUUCCACCUCUGACUUCACCACCUCAACCAAGCUUAACAAUCAUCAUUGCUGAGUACAGUAUUAAAUUGUUUGUUUAAAACUUAUACCUGCAUUAAAUUGUUUGUUUAAAUUUUUUUAAAACUUAUACGGUAUAUGUAUAUAAUGUCUUUUGUCUGGCA